AUGGUUUCUCUUCAACAAUCUCACCGUUCCACGUCGCCCGUCACCCGACCCUACUACACUCCACCUUAUUCUUCUUCUUCCUCCCCCGCCAGAUUCUACAAGCAUAUGGGUCGCUCCAUGAGAACUGUUCGCUCCAGUUUCUCUAACUCCGAUUACACCUCCGCCCUAGGCGAUGACAACCUCACGGACUCCGUCCUCGACGUUCAUUUACAGGAGCUUGCAACGGCCAACUCUGGGACCUCCUCCAAAUCCUCCAUGUCUUCUGAUGACUUUCUCCACCUCUCCCAAGCCUUCAGCGAUUUCUCCGACUGCAGUAGCGAUAUGUCUGGAGAAUUACAACGUCUCGCUUCUUUGCCGGAAGAUUCCAAAGAGGAUGAUCCCAAUAGGGAACAGAAGCCCGAGCCGGAGCCGGAGCCAUGCCAAGGAUUUCUGGAACGGGAGAAUUUUUCAACGGAGAUAAUCGAGAGCAUUUCUCCGGAGGAUUUACAACCGACCGUCAAGAUCUGCGUCGAUAGUCUGACCUCCAGCUCCAUAGCCGUGAAGAGGUCUGCCGCAGCGAAGCUGAGGUUGUUAGCAAAGAAUCGGUCGGAUAACCGAGCUUUAAUCGGAGAAUCAGGUGCAAUUCCGGCGCUGAUUCCACUUCUCCGGUGUACCGACCCAAAGACUCAAGAACACGUCGUUACGGCGCUACUUAACCUCUCUCUCCUCGACGAUAACAAGCCGCUGAUCGCCGGCGCCGGAGCAGUGAAAUCGUUAAUUUAUGUCCUAAAAACCGGCACCCAAGUCUCGAAGCAAAACGCUGCGUGCGCUUUGCUUAGUCUAGCUUUGGUGGACGAAAACAAAACGUGCAUCGGAGCCUGCGGUGCUAUUCCGCCGUUAGUGUCGCUGUUAAUGAACGGUUCUAAUCGAGGGAAGAAGGACGCGUUAACCACUCUGUAUAAAUUGUGUUCGAUGAAGGCGAACAAGAAAAGGGCGGUGACGGCGGGGGCGGUGAAGCCGCUGGUGGAGCUAGUGGCAGGAGAAACGGGUAUAGGGAUGGCGGAGAAAGCGAUGGUGGUGUUGAGUAGCUUGGCGGUGAUCGAGGAAGGGCGGAGGGCGGUGGUGGAAGAAGGUGGAAUUGCAGCUUUGGUGGAGGUGAUGGAGGAUGGUAGAUCGGAGAAGGGGAAAGAGUUUGCGGUGGUGACACUGUUGGCGGUGUGUGAAGGUGGUGUUGAUAGUGGGAGGAACAGAGGGUUGUUGGUGGGCGAAGGUGCAAUUCCGCCGCUGGUGGCGCUUUCUCAGACGGCGACCGCCCGAGCCAAACACAAGGCUGAAAGAUUGCUGGGAUAUCUGAGAGAACACAGGCAAGAAGGUGAGGGAUGAAUAUUUAUCAUGAGUCUAAACAUACGCACAUUCAUUCAUAAUGAAUGCAUGUAUGUUAAUAACAUUCGCGAUAAAUAAUACAUUCUAUUCUAUUCAAUUCAGGUGGUGCUGUGUACAGUCCCUAGUUGUUAAUGAAAAUGAAAACAUGUGCUGUGUUUGUAUUAUAUUGCUUUUACAGGGAAUGAAGCUGAUUGGGUUUGAAUGUGUAAUAUGUAUGUUUGUGGGUUAGAAAUGGAAAGAGGGUUUGUGUAAUGAAUA